GAUAAGAAAUCACUCUGGUUUCUUGAUAGUGGAUUACUUUUGUUUUAAUGUAGCCUUUGUAGAGCCUAAAAGCAUUGAUGAAGCCUUACAAGAUGAAUACUGGAUUCAACUAUGCAAGAGGAACAAAAUCAGUUCAAAAAGAAUAACGCAGGUUGAAUAUUGUGGCAGAACAGGGUGGUGGCAUGUCAUGGAC